GGGGUCCUUGGCCUGGAAAACUUUGAAGACCCCUGGCAUGAAUCAUUGUAUGGCACAUAGGAGAAAUUAUAGAUUCAAGACAUAAAUCUUUCCCCAAAACAAACCUAAAGGUGUUGUGGUUUUAACAGUAAGUGGUUUUUCAUCAGGGCGUCAUUACUCUAAUAACAUUAUGUCUAAUUCAUCUCGGUGAGGGCUUUAAAUGGCCCCUGGGGCCAGAACGAGGCCUCCUGGGACAUUAGAGUUUCUUCUUGAGAGAUAGAAGCGAUAUGAUGUUAGUUUGAUGAGAGGGAGGAGAGAGAGAGAGAGUUGGAUCGUUGCCAACGAUCUGCAAGCACAGGAACUAAAGAAGAGGAACAUAAAAGAUUUCAUUGAUAGCUUUUCUGCAGGCAGGCUGGAAAGAGGAGCAUGACACAGAGGAGGAGAGCAGAUGAGAAACAGCCAGGUCCAUUUGGUUCAUUAGUUUGACUCGCUUCAGAUGCGCCAUCGGUGGGGUUUGGACUGAUUAUAGCUCGCAAAACAUUUUGUCCCCAAAAGAAAAACAAUGAAAGCCACAUCCAAGAUGCUGCAGUAAGGCAGGCUGGGAGAGAGCGCUGGGUUUAUGGGACGCCUUUAAUGUUGCCAGACGAGCGGAGCAGAGAGCGCUUCUGGCUCGCAGCCGAUGCCCGGAGGAGAGCUGCGGGAAGCUGGUACCCGACACUCGCUGAUCGACGACGGGGGAUCAGACCCCGGAAGGCGCUUUCUCUGAGGCAUGGGCUGCGCUCCCAGCAUCCACGUCUCUCAGAGCGGGGUGAUCUACUGCCGGGACUCGGACGAAUCCAACUCCCCCCACCAGACCACCACUAUCUCCCAGGGCACCGCGGCCACGCUGCACGGGCUCUUCAUCAAGACGGAUGCGGCGGAGACCAUCCCCUCCGUCAUCACCUACCAGAACCGCCACUCGCGGAAUAACUCCAACCGGAGCCGAAAGGAGAACAGCGGGGGACAGGUCCGCAUCGAGGCCGAGACUCAGACCAGCCACUCCAGCGUGAAGGUUUCAGCCACAGAAGAAUGUGUGGGACCUAUGAGACUGACAAAGGAGCCAAUUCAGGUCUUGCUCGUGUUUGCCAAGGAGGAUAGCCAGAGCGAUGCCUUCUGGUGGGCCUGCGAGCGAGCCGGGUUCCGGUGUAACAUUGCACGGACACCCGAGUCUGCCGUCGAGUGUUUUCUGGACAAGCACCACGAGAUAAUAGUCAUUGACGGACGUCACUCGCGCUACUUUGAACCCGAGGCCGUCUGCAGGAUGAUCCGUGCCACAAAGCCCUCCGAAAACACGGUUAUUCUUGCUGUUGUCCCUAAAAAACUCCCUGAUCAAGAGGAACCAUCUGUCCUCCCUCUUCUCUGUGCUGGAUUUAGCCGGAGGUUUGUUGAGAGCAGCAGUGUUUCAGCGUGCUAUAAUGAACUCGUACAGAUCGAACAUGGAGAGGUGCGCUGUCAUUUCAAACUCAGGGCCUGCAACUCUGCUUUUACAGCCUUGGAGCACUGCCAAGAGGCGGUGGAAAUCACCAGUGAGGAUCACAUCAUUCAGUAUGUGAACCCAGCCUUUGAGAGGAUGAUGGGAUACCACAGGGGGGAGCUGAUUGGGAAGGAGCUGACUGAACUUCCCAAGAGCGACAAGAACAGAGCUGAUCUGCUUGAUACAAUCAACACUUGCAUCAAAAAAGGCAAAGAAUGGCAGGGCAUUUACUUUGCUAGGAAGAAGUCAGGCGACAGCAUUCCACAACAAGUGAAGAUACUACCUGUCAUCGGCCAAGGAGGAAAAAUACGACAUUUCGUUGCCAUCAAGCGAGCUCACACCGACAACAAUAAUCAGAUCCUCAAGACCAACAAGGAAGAUAGAUGCAGUGGGGACCAUUCCCAAUCAGAGUGCCAUUCACUUCGUCACAGAGACAGAAGGAAAGAUUCAAUCGAUGCCAGAUCGGUCGGUUCCCGUGGCAGUGACGCUCCUAGUUUACAGAAUCGAAGAUAUUCCUCUGUCGCCAGGAUUCAUUCGAUGACAAUCGAGGCCCCCAUCACCAAGGUGAUAAACAUCAUCAAUGCAGCCCAGGAGAGCAGUCCGGUGACAGUAGCCGAGGCUCUGGAGCGUGUGCUGGAGAUCCUGAGGACCACGGAGCUCUACUCCCCUCAGCUUGCUUCCAAAGAGGAUGACCCUCACACCAAUGAUCUGGUUGGGGGGCUUAUGAGUGACGGACUCCGGAGACUCUCUGGCAACGAAUAUGUUUUCUGCAAAAAUAUGAGCCAGAGUCAGCUGGCCAUCCCAGUCACGCUGAGCGAUGUUCCUCCAUCAAUUGCUGAGAUGCUAAACGAUGAGGAGCGCUGGGAGUUUAACAUCCUGGACCUGGAGGCAGCAACGCAUAAAAGACCGCUCACUUAUCUCGGGUUAAAGAUUUUUACCAGCUUUGGAGUGUGUGAGUUCCUAAACUGCUCAGAGGCCACGCUGCGCUCCUGGCUGCAGCUCAUGGAGGCCAAUUAUCACUCUUCCAACUCCUACCACAACUCCACACACGCUGCAGAUGUCCUGCAUGCUACCGCCUACUUCCUGCGGAAGGAGAGAGUCAAAAACAGUCUUGACCAGCUGGACGAGGUGGCAGCACUGAUAGCAGCCACAGUCCACGACGUGGACCACCCGGGCAGGACCAACUCCUUCCUGUGUAACGCAGGCAGCGAACUGGCCAUCCUUUACAACGACACAGCCGUGCUGGAAAGCCACCAUGCGGCCCUUGCCUUCCAGCUCACCAUCCGUGACAGCAAAAGUAACAUCUUUAAAAGCAUUGACAGGAAUCAGUUCCGAACGCUGCGACAGGCCAUCAUUGACAUGGUUCUCGCCACAGAGAUGACCAGGCACUUUGAGCACGUCAGCAAGUUCGUCAACAGCAUCAACAAGCCAAUGGCAGCCAUUGAUGAAACCAGCACAAGUAGCAUGAACAGCGACUGCGAGGGUCAGAGCAACAUUAGAAACUCUCCAGAGAACCGUCUGCUGAUAAAGAGGAUGCUCAUAAAGUGUGCAGAUGUGGCGAACCCCUGCAGGCCUAUUGAGCUGUGCAUCGAGUGGGCAGGCCGAAUCUCGGAGGAAUACUUCGCCCAGACGGAUGAGGAGAAGCGACAGGGGCUGCCCGUGGUGAUGCCUGUGUUUGACAGGAACACCUGCAGCGUGCCUAAGUCUCAGAUCUCGUUCAUAGACUACUUCAUCACAGAUAUGUUUGACGCCUGGGAUGCUUUUGCCAGCCUUCCUAACCUGAUGGAGCACUUAUCUGAGAACUACAAGUACUGGAAGAACCUGGACGAGAUGAAGUGCAAAAGCCUGCGUCCUCCGCCGCCCUCUUGACCUCCUCUUCUGACGCCCUCUGGCACCUUGAGCAGGGUUGGACUCCAGAUGCAGCUCUGCACUAAAACAAUUAGUUCAGCUGUGAUAUACCAAAGCUCUAUGCCAGAGCAGCGUACGGCAACAAAAAGGGCCAAAUAACGCCUCUGAUGCACAAGAUAAUCGACAGCCGAGCACUGCAGCUCUGUUGUUGUCUCAGCUGGUUUUCAUCUGGCAGCCUGGAUGAGUGUCUGCUGCCACUUUAUGGCAACUCUUUGGAACUGCAUGGACCUCAUGGUUCACCUGACAAUCUGCACCAUACAGCGCAACAUGCCAGAAACCUGCACUUUAGCAAAUCAAGACAUUUGGAUUUCAAGCUCCAUUUUGCUGUUUGCUUUUAUAAACUUUUUUUUUUUAAACUGUGUCAUUUUAUAUCUGGUUGUUGUCACAAAUGAAACAUCAACGAUGACAGCGAGAGGCGCUAUCGAUUGUGCUUCUUAGUAGACCAAACUUCCUAUCUUAACUUUUGAAGGUGCUCAGCUGGAAUUAUUCAUCCUAAAGCUGUAAAACAGAGAAAACAUUUGUGUGUGGGACCAAACUGUAAGCAACCUCUGCCCCUCGUAGCCCUGAGCAGGAAAAGCAUGUUGGAAAUGUUUCAAGAGCAGAUCUCUUGGGACCGCAGAGCUCAGGGUGUAGUUCCAGCCUUCAGCAGAAGGUCAGCCCAACAGAUAAACUUGACAACGAAGGGCUGGACUGUAUGUUCUGGGGAUUUUAAGGUCGUGUAGCUAAAAAGGAGUCUUAAACAUGUCACCGCAUAAUCUGCAGCUAUAGCCUCUUUAAGCCCACCCAUCAGUAGCGCACCAUGGUGAGGAAGAUGGAGAUCCUUGUUAAGCCUGAACAAGCAGAAUGCACUCUCAUUUUUAGCUUUGCGACACUAACUGUAGAAACACUAUGUAAGCAUCUGCACAGUACAUGUCCAUGGUUUCAUUUGGAGCUAUGCUGACAUCAGAUUUUUAUUUUUUUGUCAUACAGUGGCCCAAAGUAUAUAGCACUGCUAUUUUAGUAGCUCUGAUAAAAGUUUAAAAAUAAAAAGCUUUAAAAUAAAUGUUUUGCGUUUUUAAGCAGCAAACUCACAAAGCAAAAAUCUCCAGCUGAGCCAUUGAGG